GCUGUGAGUCCGUCUGCUCAGAGGUCCGGGCCGCGAUCCUCCCUCUGCUGCCAGAAGUGGGCGCCACCGGAAGCGCGCGCAGCCGGAAGUGGUCGCCGCCGUUUUUCUCAGAGUCUCCCAGGCCUCGCUUGGCUCCGUCCCCGGGCGCGCGGCGGUGUGUCCCGGUGUCGGGCCACCAUGGACGCGACGGCGCUGGAGCGGGACGCCGUGCAGUUCGCGCGGCUGGCGGUGCAGCGCGACCACGAGGGCCGCUACCCCGAGGCCGUAUUUUAUUACAAGGAAGCUGCACAAGCUUUGAUCUAUGCUGAGAUGGCAGGCUCGGGCCUGGAACACAUCCAAGAAAAAAUAAACGAGUAUCUGGAGAGAGUGCAGGCUUUACACUCAGCAGUUCAGUCAAAGAGUGCGGACCCUUUGAAGUCAAAGCAUCAAUUGGACUUGGAGCGUGCCCAUUUCCUUGUUACACAAGCUUUUGACGAAGACGAGAAAGGCAAUGUUGAAGAUGCUAUAGAGCUGUAUACGGAGGCCGUGGAUCUCUGUCUGAAAACUUCUUAUGAAACUGCUGAUAAAACUCUGCAAAAUAAACUGAAACAGUUGGCCCGACAGGCACUAGAUAGAGCAGAAGCGCUGAGUGAGCCUUUAACAAAGCCUUUAUGCAAAGUCAAGUCAACGAAUAAUAAACCAAAGCCGCCUCCAACGAGAGCACAUUUCCCUCUAGGAACUAACCCCUUCCUUGACCGACCUCAGCCGUUUAUCAGCCCACAGUCCUGUGACGCCCAGGGACAGAGGUAUACGGCAGAAGAAAUUGAAGUUCUCAGGACAACAUCAAAAAUAAAUGGUAUAGAAUAUGUUCCUUUCAUGAGUAUUGAUCUGAGGGAACGUUUUGCGUAUCCAAUGCCUUUCUGUGAUAGAUGGGGCAAGCUACCGUUAUCACCCAAACAAAAAGCUACAUUUUCUAAGUGGGUGCGACCAGAAGACCUCACCAAUAAUCCUACCAUGAUUUACACUGUGUCCAGUUUCAGCAUAAAGCAGACAAUAGUAUCAGAUUGUUCCUUUGUGGCAUCACUGGCUAUCAGUGCAGCGUAUGAAAGACGAUUUAACAAGAAGUUGAUUACCAGCAUAAUUUACCCUCAGAAUAAGGACGGGGAGCCAGAGUACAACCCAUGUGGAAAGUAUAUGGUGAAACUGCACCUCAAUGGGGUCCCUAGAAAGGUGAUAAUUGAUGACCAGUUACCUGUUGAUCAUAAGGGAGAACUCCUCUGUUCUUAUUCUAACAACAAAAGUGAACUGUGGGUUUCUCUCAUAGAGAAAGCGUACAUGAAGGUCAUGGGAGGAUAUGAUUUCCCGGGAUCCAACUCAAACAUCGACCUUCAUGCCCUCACCGGGUGGAUUCCAGAGCGGAUUGCCAUGCACUCAGACAGCCAGGCGUUCAGUAAGGACAGUUCCUUCCGGAUGCUUUAUCAAAGGUUUCACAAAGGGGACGUCCUCAUCACGGCGUCCACUGGCGUGAUGACUGAAGCGGAGGGCGAGAAGUGGGGCCUGGUGCCCACACACGCGUAUGCUGUGCUGGAUAUUAGAGAGUUCAAGGGGCUGCGAUUUAUCCAGUUGAAAAAUCCUUGGAGUCAUUUACGUUGGAAAGGAAGAUAUAGUGAAAAUGAUGUGAAAAACUGGACCCCAGAGUUGCAAAAAUAUUUAAAUUUUGAUCCUCGAACAGCUCAGAAAAUAGACAAUGGAAUAUUUUGGAUUUCAUGGGAUGAUCUCUGCCAAUAUUACGAUGUGAUUUAUUUGAGUUGGAAUCCGGCUCUUUUUAAAGAAUCAACAUGUAUUCACAGUACUUGGGAUGCUAAGCAAGGCCCUGUGAAGGAUGCCUACAGUCUGGCCAACAACCCGCAGUACAAACUGGAGGUGCAGUGUCCACAAGGCGGCGCUGCCGUCUGGGUUUUGCUUAGUAGACACAUUACAGACAAGGAUGAUUUUGCAAAUAAUCGAGAAUUUAUCACAAUGGUUGUAUACAAGACUGACGGGAAAAAAGUUUACUACCCAGCUGACCCACCUCCGUACAUUGAUGGGAUUCGAAUUAACAGCCCUCACUAUUUGACUAAGAUAAAGCUAACCACACCCGGGACCCAUACCUUUACAUUGGUGGUUUCUCAGUAUGAAAAACAGAACACCCUGCAUUACACAGUCCGGGUGUACUCAGCAUGCAGCUUUACCUUUUCAAAGAUUCCCUCACCAUACACCGUAUCAAAACAGAUCAAUGGGAAGUGGAGCGGUCAGACGGCUGGAGGAUGUGGCAAUUUUCAAGAGACUCACAGAAAUAACCCCAUUUACCAGUUCCACAUAGAAAAGCCUGGGCCAUUACUGAUUGAGCUGAGAGGACCGAGGCAGUACAGCGUUGGGUUUGAAAUCGUAGCGGUUUCUGUGGCGGGAGACCCUGGGCCCCACGGCUUCCAGAGGAAAUCCAGCGGUGACUACAGGUGUGGGUUUUGCUACCUGGAACUGGAAACGAUACCUGCUGGGAUCUACAAUAUCAUCCCCAGUACUUUUCUGCCUAAACAAGAAGGACCAUUUUUCUUGGACUUUAACAGUAUUGCCCCCGUCAGGACAACACAGCUUCAGUGAUGGAGAAAGCUCAGCAAUUUCUGGAUUCGGUACUUAAAGCAACAUCAGCUCUUCAGAUGAGGACACGAAUCUCCAGGACACUGAAUACAACAGAACAGAGUUUAAUCUCUGAAACCAUGACUGUGCAACCUGGUGCUGAAGUCGGGGUGUUCAGUGAGAACUGUAUAUAGUCAGCCUGCGUCACUCAGAAGUACCAUUGACGUGGUUUUGUGCGCACGUGGAGUGAGCCUGCACUUAGGGCCCGAGUGUAGCCGGGAGUAGGUGAGGAGAGGAGGCUCAGCCAGCGCUGGGGGGUGGGGGCGCCCUUGAGAAGAGGGAGCUGAGACCAGGGGAGGAAGUGAGGGACAUAGGCUCCUGGGGUGGCCCGGGGCUGGGGACACCCCGAAGUGCUUACAUUCUGUUUGUCUUUGGCAGAGAGCAUGCUGUACGUUAAACCCGCUUGUGUCGUGACCCCCCGUGCGUCUUGGGCAACUCAUUACCAAAUGAAUCACGUUCCCGUACGAUUUUACUUCUGCGUUAUUUAUGACUUUCUGUGUUUAUUGUUGCCCAGAGGUUAUGAGAGGAUUAAAGCUUUAAUACUGAUUAGCACUAAGAUGCUCAUGCUUAAGAGUAAAGGUCGUUGGCGUUAGAGCCCUGCCUCCUACCGACUCACGUAAAGAGGACCGAUGACAGCAGCAGUCUGACACAUCACAGUUUGGCUUGUAUUGUUCCAUUGCGCUGUAGCUCUGCUCUGGUGGGAACGGCACUCUAAAGAAGGUGCAGUUGAGAAUUUCAUACGUGGUAUUUGGGCUGCAUUUGAAAAACUGCUAAGAUACUACUGUCUUGUGUAAAUUCCCCAUUGUUUACAUAAAAAUCCAUUGGAGUAGAAUGAUGUUCAAGAUUUUAAAGAUCUAAAAAUUACUGUGGAAUUUUUCAUCUCUAAUUACAAAAACUUCUUAUUUUGUAUUUCUAUUAUCUUUAAUUGAAAUAAAAUGUUUAUACUUAUGGAAA